AUGUCAUUCUAUUAUCUAAGUUCAAACUUUUGUUUUUUUAUCUAUCUAUCUAUCUAUCUAUCUAUCUAUCUAUCUAUCUAUCUAUUUAUGUGUUACAAGAGUGGAACUGUUUUUGGUUGUGAUGAAAUCUACCUUCCGCCGCUCACUAAUGGAAGCCAUUGUUUUACUCGGCGCUUUCCAUGUGUUUUGCGCGUAGACCACGAAGAUGUGUUGCACAAACGCCGGUUUUCCCGCUGCAAGGCAUUUACACUCGGAAAAUAUAUGCUCUCUUUCUCUCUCUUCUAUUCUUCUUUUCUUCUUCUUCUUCUUCUUCUUCUUCUUCUUCUUCUUCUUCAUCACAUGGAAAAUAUAUGCUUUUCUGCUCUUCCUUUAUCUCCCUUUCUUUCUUUCUUUCUUCUUUCUUUCUUUCUUUCUUUCUUUCUUUCAGGUUUGCCUUCAACAUUUCUCUUACGAUUUUAUGUUCCUUUUCUUCGCUCUGCUUUUUUACUUCUUCUUUCUUUAAACCGUGUACUUUCUUUUCCUUUUCAUUUUGAUAAUACAUUAGAUGAUUAUUUAUUGAUGAACAGUUUCUUUCUCUACUUCAUCUUUCUCCGGAAAUAUAAUUUCUUUCUUUCUUUCUUUCUUUCUUUCUUUCUUUCUUUCUUUCUUACAAACAUUCUAUGUAGAGAUUUUCUUUCCUUUCUUCCUAAACUGCAUUUUCUUUCUUUUUCCUUAACUUCUUGUUUCUUUACUUCUUAUACUAUUUCUUUAACUGUUAUUCUUCCUUACACAUUGUCAUCUCUCUUCAUAAUCCUUCUAUCGUUCAUAUUUUUCAUCCUUUCAUUUUUAAAUAUUUUUCUUAUUUUGAGUUCUUCACCAUUUCUUUUCAUUUGUUCAUUUUUAUUUUUCCCUUUUCAUUCAUUCUUUCACUGUUUUGUUUCAUUCUAUUUUAUUUUUUGUACUUGUUUAAUUUAUUUACCAAUAUUCACUUUUUCUUUUUCCAUUUUCAUUCUUUAUUUCAUUCUAUUUUAUUCCGUUUUCUUCCUUCUAUUGCUGUCAUUUUCUUCCUCAAUUGCCGCCAUUUUCAUUAUUUAUUUCAUUUUGUUUAAUUCCGUUUUCUUCCUUCUAUUGCUGUCAUUUUCUUCCUUAAUUGCCGCCAUUUUCAUUCUUUAUUUCAUUUUGUUUAAUUCCGUUUUCUUCCUUCUAUUGCUGUCAUUUUCUUCCUUAAUUGCCGCCAUUUUCAUUCUUUAUUUCAUUUUGUUUAAUUCCGUUUUCUUCCUUCUAUUGCUGUCAUUUUCUUCCUUAAUUGCCGCCAUUUUCAUUCUUUAUUUCAUUUUGUUUAAUUCCGUUUUCUUCCUUCUAUUGCUGUCAUUUUCUUCCUCAAUUGCCGCCAUUUUCAUUCUUUAUUUCAUUUUGUUUAAUUCCGUUUUCUUCCUUCUAUUGCUGUCAUUUUCUUCCUUAAUUGCCGCCAUUUUCAUUCUUUAUUUCAUUUUGUUUAAUUCCGUUUUCUUCCUUCUAUUGCUGUCAUUUUCUUCCUUAAUUGCCGCCAUUUUCAUUCUUUAUUUCAUUUUGUUUAAUUCGUUUUCUUCCUUCUAUUGCUGUCAUUUUCUUCCUUAA